AUGGCUAUUCAGAAAAUUCAUGUCAAAAAUCCAGUUGUGGAGAUGGAUGGAGAUGAACAAACAAGAAUUAUUUGGGAAUUCAUCAAAGAGAAAUUAAUCUUACCUUAUUUGGAUGUCGAUUUAAAAUACUAUGAUUUGGGUAUUAUGUACAGAGAUGAGACGAAUGAUCAGGUCACCGUAGAUGCUGCUAAUGCUAUCUUGAAAUAUGGUGUUGGUGUUAAAUGUGCAACCAUCACGCCUGACGAAGCAAGAGUUAAAGAAUUUGGCUUGAAAAAAAUGUGGUUGUCUCCUAACGGUACCCUUAGAAAUAUCUUGGGUGGUACUGUCUUUAGAGAGCCAAUUGUCAUUGAUAACAUACCAAGAAUAGUUCCUCAGUGGAAAGAACCGAUUAUCAUAGGUAGACACGCCUUCGGUGAUCAAUACAAAGCUACUGACAUUCUUAUCCCUGAGCCAGGUGAAUUAUCCAUCGUAUUCAAGCCGAAGGGUAGCUCCGAGACUCAAGUGCAUCAUGUCUACAACUAUGAGGGUCCUGGUGUUGCGAUGACCAUGUAUAAUACUGAUGAAUCUAUUAAAGCAUUUGCUGAAUCAUCUUUCAAAUUGGCGUUAGACAGGAAAAUGAACUUGUUUUCUACUACUAAGAAUACAAUUUUAAAGAAGUAUGAUGGAAGAUUUAAAGAUAUAUUUGAGGAUAUAUAUGAAAAGGAAUACAAAAAGGAUUUUGAAGCUGCAGGUAUCUGGUACGAGCAUAGGCUUAUCGAUGAUAUGGUUGCCCAGAUGCUUAAGUCUACAGGAGGAUAUAUUAUCGCAAUGAAAAAUUAUGAUGGUGAUGUUCAAUCUGAUAUAGUUGCUCAAGGUUUCGGAUCGUUAGGUCUCAUGACAUCCGUCUUGAUGACUCCUGAUGGAAAGGCAUUCGAAGCCGAGGCAGCUCACGGUACAGUUACUAGGCAUUUUAGACAACACCAACAAGGCAAAGAAACGUCAACCAACUCCAUUGCGUCUAUCUUUGCAUGGACCAGAGGUUUGAUUCAAAGAGGGAAAAUAGACGACACUCCAGACGUUGUUAAGUUCGCAGAAAAUUUGGAAAAAGCCGUUAUCGAAACUGUAUCGAAAGAUAAAAAAAUGACCAAAGAUUUGGCAUUGACUCUCGGGAAGACUGACAGAUCAAGUUAUGUAACUACCGAGGAAUUCAUUGACUAUGUCAAAGAAAGAUUGGACAAGAAUUUAGGUUAUUGA